AUGGCCAUGGCCCUGUUUGCCUCCCCAGCAGACACCCACGAGCCCUAUACCGCCAACGAAGAAAAGCGCCUAGUCCGCAAAAUCGACUGCAUGAUCCUGCCCUAUCUCGCAGUCUGCUACGCCUUCUUCUACAUCGACAAAACAACGCUUUCGUAUGCGGCCAUCUUCGGCAUCAGAGAGGACUUGAACUUGGUCGGCGAUCGGUACAAUUGGCUCAGCAGCAUCUUCUACUUUGGAUUCCUUGCAUGGGCGUUUCCGACGAAUUUUCUGAUGCAGAGGUUGCCGAUUGGGAAGUAUCUGGGUGCGAACAUCUUUCUUUGGGGCGUCUUUUUGAUGCUGCAGGCUGCUGCUAAGGUAUGUUGGUAA